GGCAGCCACAAUUCCGGUGCCCCAUCUUUCAUUGUCCAGCUACAUACACACGCACACACAUCAUCACCGCGACAGCCACGAUGCGGCCGCCGUGUCGAGAACUGUGCUUCGACAGCAGAGAGCUGCGCCUCCACAGCAGAGAACUUCAACUCGAUGUGCCCGCUGACCUCCAGCCCAGCUUCACCGUGGAAACGUCACCGCCGUUGACGUGUGAGACGGCUACUGUGUCAACGUCCCGCGCCGUCACGGCGCACGGGGCAAAGAAUCUGCUCUCACAGCAACGCACCCCACUCGGUGCUUGUAUAGUUGGCGAUGUGCACAUCCGCGUCGGCGCCGACAACAGCGGUCGCACUACGACUAUGACUGCCACCUCGGAAGGUACUACGUAUAGGGUGCCGCUCUAUCAGGCGCGAGUAGCCUACCGUCGAUCCAACGCGUUCAAGGAGCACCCUAGCCUGUGCGUCGUGAGCGACAAUGCUCACGGUUCCGCCUCCUCCAAGCACGGCCGAUAUCACACACGGCACGAGAAUCGGCGUGAAAGCAACGACGUCAGUGGAGACGCCGCGGUGGGCGAAACGGCAGAUGCCGUGCGUAUGUGCUUUGUCGAUUUAAUUUCCUUAACUUUUAUGAACCGAGUGCUGCUGCGCUGUUCCCGCACCGGCGAGCUUCUCCCGCCAACCCCGCUGUUCUGUCGCUACGGCGCGUCUGCCUCUCGCUCUGUCCGUCGCGGCCAAACUCACAAAGACGACGUCGAGGCAACUAAUGCAGCGCUUCCCUCCAACGCAUCUGUCAAUGCACACGCGCAGCACCAUCGACGUCGUGUCGUGAUGCUGCCCCUCUCCGCUGUUGGUGAGAUGUUCGAUCUGGUCAUCGUAGUCACGAAGCGCACGCGCGAUGGCGGUGACGCGUAA